AUGGCGGACGUUCAGCUUCGCAAUCCCGAGAUCCGUUUCGUAAAUCGCAAGGAACCGGCGCCGGAUAUCCUAGGCGUCAGACGAAUGGAGCACGCGGAUCUGACGUCACUGGAAACACUGAUGCGUCCGGAGACCAGCGAGUUGUUCGGCGACGUGGACCCCGGUCGCGUCUACGAGUCGAGUUGCCUGUCGGUGGUGCAGUGGAACGGGGAACGGGACGUGGUCUCGGGCAUGUGUCUGUGCAAUUAUCCUAAUGUGCCGUCGGUGACUCCGGAGGACUGGCCUAGCUGGUUGCGCACGUUAUACGGGGUCGGGGACGCAACGGAAAGAAACUCGCUGUUCGUGCACCUCCUUGUGUGGGACAGCCGGUACACCGGCCGUUUCUUCGAGGACCUCCUGACCGGUCUGUUCAACAUCGCCCCGUAUCUGCUGCACGUGAUCCUCGUGCAUCCCGCGGGGGUCGGGCCAGGUGACCUCUCGCGGCGCUCUCGUCGAUCUACGAUCGCGAAAAAUCACCGCUCGAACCGCGAUCUUUUCCAGCGGACAUCAUCGUUCACUCAUCACAGAGAAGAAGACAACGACAUCGUGAUACCCCUGAUCGACGCAGAGUCCAGCGCGCUGAAAGAGCACUACGGCGAGUACUACGUGAGCGAGAUGGUUCGCUACCCGAGCGAGUGUCGCCAGCUGAUCGUCUCCGAGGACCAGGAAGGUCUAGCCACCGGCGUGAUGUUCCUCAACAGGAACAUAGACGUGGACCUGCUGAACGAGAAUUUUCACCUCGAUCUAUACAACGGACUCAGGAAACCUCAUAAAGACGACGAGUUGCCUGCUACCAGCAUGGAGUCCGAGACCUUCUUCUCCAUCUUCUCCGACAAGCCUGCAGAAACGUAUUUACAAAAAUCCAGUAGAAUCCAGAACGUAGCUAUUUACAAAAAUCCAGUAGAAUAUAUGCAGAAGAACGUAGCUAUUUACAAAAAUCCAGCAGAAUAUUCCCAGCGAAAAAAGAACCUAGCUAUGUAUAAACGUCGAAGAAACAAGAAUUAUCCUCUGCACAGCCCACCCAUCCUGAUCUCGAGUGGAGUCCUCCGAGAGAAAGAUGAAGACGACGAGAACAUUGGCUCUUCAGCUUCCUCUUCCAGUGCGUCGAGAGAGGAGCGAGAGAAGUCGGGAAGAAGGAACAGCGAAGGGAAGUCUUUCAUCGAUGACAUAGACGACGACUAUCAAACGUACUACCGAUCUAGAGUCCUGCAGGGACUCUUCGACUCCACCGAUGAAAUUCCGCAGGACGUUGCUUUGUUGACGGCGAGGGAAGCUGGCCAACCGGAAGUGAUUCGGCUGCCGAGGCCGAUUUAUCGCGGCGAGAAGAACGCGUUCGUCGUCGAGAUCCUCGCGAUGCAACGGCUGAAACACGGCUCGAGCAGGGACUUCCUCGAGGCUGCGUUCGAGUGUUUCCCCGAGCUGGACUAUUGCGCGAUCCUGUUGCCUUUCUCUCACCCGCCGCUCUCCUUCCUUGAACAUUUUCUGCGAAUACCGGUCAGAUGCGACAAAGACUUCCCGAUGGCCCUGCACGUGACGCACCGCGCGGCUCUCCUCGGCAAAAUGGAGGUUCGUCUGGCGUGCCCUGACGAUCGGUCCGCUGUUCAACAUCUAUUACAAGGACUCCAUAAGGCGCAGAAGGUCCUGCAGGACUUCGACGAGGCGACGACCGACGAGAAAUCGGGUUUACUCUGUUACGCGUUCGCUUGGAACGAGCAGAUCGUCAUCUCAACGAAGUCUCGUAAAGAACAGAAGGAAAGACAGUUUAUUCGUCGCUCGACCAGCGAAGAGAAGGACUCUGCAUACAUCAGAAGGCGUUUCCACGUGGAAGAUUACAUAUCCACGAGAGACUUGCCCCGGGACGCGUACGCUCGUUUGCUGCACUUCGUCCUGAUGCCGAUCUUCGCCAUUCACCUGCGCCAUUUCUUCGCCGAGAUGACGCGUCUCAGCGGUCUGAUCGUUUUCUACUACCGUCUGCUGGAGAACUCGUUGAGCUCGCUGACGCGCCAGCAGCCCCUGCCAGUCUGUCUGAGCGCGAUGAUUCACGUGCGUCCUCGGAGGAGAAUAGAAUAUAAGUUCCGCGGCAUGGCGGAGGCCGAUCAACUGAAAAACGACGAACCUUUCUCGCUUUUCAUGGCUACGCCGAGGAUCGCGGCCGGUAAUCUGGUUCUCGACGCGAAGAUCGUGGUGGUCGGCGCGUCGGACUGCGGCGUGGCCUUUCUGGAGCGUAUGAUCUUCGGAUCGCCGCGCGAUUCCGCUCGCUGCGCGAACCUCACGCUCGUGUCUCCGCGCGGAUUGCCGUUCGAGAACGAACGCGGCGCGAUGGUGAAUCAGUUAGUCCGGAUUACUAAUUACGAAUUAGAUAACCAAAGCUAUCUUAGGUAUACUACAGUAACGAUGACUAUCAUCGCUAUGGCGAUUAACUUAGCAAUUAUCAGGAAAGAGAAAUACGUGACGGUGAUGCACCAAGGAGACGUGACGUACGAUUACCUGGUAAUCACCUGCGGGCUGCAAUACCAGAAGCCCAAGCUUCGAGAGGAGCUAGCCGCGCAGAAGAGAGGAGAAUUGCUGGAAGUGGAGCAGCCUUGGAAUUGUUUGACGGUCAACGACGACUCGCAGGCGGCCACGUGUUUAGACAAGAUCCGGCUGCUGACGAGCAACCUCGAGCAGCGAAGUGAGCGACGAUUCGGUAACAUUCAUUGCACGAUCGACGAAAUCGACGUCCUUUUCAGAGGACAUCGUGCUUCAUGGCCGCAACAUCGACUGCUACUGCGUCCUUCAAGGUCUCCUGGCGUCCGGGAUACAUGGAUCCUGGAUCAGCUUGAUCGAGCCGCCGAUGCAGCCUUGCGAGUCGCGCGAGAGCGUCUUCUUCGACGACUGCGAAGUACGAUCGGUUGAUUUUCCUCAAAAUGAGUUUGACCUUGAAUGACAUUGAGUCACGGGUCGUUGAGUUAGCCUUAAAACGCACAAUUCUAUGGUGGAUAAAAAAACGUGUUCCAUUUAAAACAAGGAAGUUGACCUUCACCUCACCUCGGAGUGUCCACCAGGAAAAAUAAAAGUUCCACCGCGUGAUGUCACAUGACGGAACAUUUUUGCGUAUAGUCAAUAUUUUCCACCCUGUAUAUAACACUUCAUUAUUUGAUUUUAUUGCGCGCGCAAUGAGAGAUUUUUCAAACUACUUCCACACUCAACUGGUUAAAUAGAAUGUGAAGUCUGCGACAAGUGUUUAACCCUUUGCACUCGGAAGCUCCUAGAAUCGACACUAUUUGAAACGAGCUAAUGAGAAAUAAAUCAAGAAACAGCUAUUUUAUAUAAAUACUUCACACAUUGACGCGUUAUACGAAACUGAAUAUUACAUAUAACACUUCGUAAUUUUGUUAUAUCGAAUGAAACGCCUGAGAGUCGCCUCUCGAGUGCAAAGGGUGAAAGGUAUCGUCUCCGAAGGUGUACACGGAAACGAUGGACCGGAUCCUGGCCAAUGGCGUGAAGGUCCUAUCGGAAUGGGAACUGAUCGACUGGCACCUGAAGGACUCGACAGCCGGGAAGAUCAUCGAAUCGUUGGUCCUGCGAUCGAAAGAGAAGACGAAGACGCUCCCGUGCGACGCUCUGAUCAGCUUCCACGAGAAGACGAUCGAUCCGAAGAUCUUCCUCGGUGAAAACAUCGACUUGUUCGAAUCCGCGACUCGAAGGACU